CUAGGCAUGCAGACUGCUUCUACAAACAUUUGUGAAAGAAUGGGUCGCUCUCAGGAGCUCAGUGACUCCAAGCGUGGUCCCGUGAUAGGUUGCCACCUGUGUAAUAAGUCCAUCUGUGAACUUUACUUGCUACUAAAUAUUCCACGCUCGUCUGUUAGUGGUAUUAUAGCAAAGUGGAAGCAACCGGGAACAACAGCAAGGUCACCAUGCCACCACUGGGCUCUAGAGCAGUGGAGACGUGUUGUCUGGAGUGACCAAUCAUGCUACUCUGUCUGGCAAUCCAAUAGACAUGUCUGGGUUUGGCAGUUGCCAGGAAAGCGGUACUUGCCUGACUGCAUUCUGCUAAGUGUA